AUGGGAUCCUGCAUCAAGAAGACAAACCGAUUCCUCUCUAUUAUCAAAGCUAUAAUCAGUCGUAGUCUUUUCGUUUUCCAUGGAUUAAUCAGCAUCUGGCGUGUGACACAGAUCAAACGCAGUCUCAUCUAUUGGUUACUGAGUGCAACUCUGCCGCUGAUGGUUGCCGAAACCUUUUACACGUUGUGCAAGAAGAAAGACAGAGAAUGGAAAUGGAUAUGUCCUAGUGUGGUGCUUUAUUUAGCAACAUCUGUACCUGCCAUCUGGUUUCUGGAGUUGGAUUUGAUGCGACAGCGGGUGAUAAUGGCCAAACUGCGCCACCCACCCAACACAAGUUACAGUGAUGUUUUUGUUCUCAAUGGCAAAAUGAUUCGCUUCGCUAUCUCACUGGGCUCGCAGGAGUGGUGCAAGAUCCUAGAGCAGCUGCUGUUACUCAUACUGAUCAUUGGAAGGUGGUUGCUGCCGAAAGGGGAAAUAACUAGAGAACAACUGUCACAGUUGUUGCUGGUCUACAUCGGAAUGGCAGCGGAUAUCAUCGAACUGUUUGAAGCUUUCAAGGAGAAAGCGGUCAGUGAAAACACAUUUCUGACGAUCGUUAUUCUGUCUUUGUGGACAGCCAGUUUAGCCCAGUUUACUCUGGUGAUCACUGCCACCAAGGCCAAGAAGACCAGGAUAGCCCCGAUAGAUCGCACCAAGGGUCGAGAUUCCUGCUGCCCUACAGAGGUCAUCUCGAUACUAAUCAGUGUCUUUUUGCAAGACGCGCCGUUUCUUGUUCUUCGGAUGCUGCUCAUUUUCAGAUACGAUGUUCUCAGUUAUACGAAUAUUUUCUUCACCUGCAAGAACACACUGGUUCUUGUUUUACAGGUAA